UUACCUCCCUUAAACCACGCCCAAAACCAACUUGCGUUUCCGCCAUCGCUCCUCCCCUCCCGCGGCUAGCUGAUCCACAACCUCCCCCCCGCCCACCGCCAUUCCCACCUCCUGCUCCACGCCUCCCCCGCGCCGAGCCCCCCUCCCCGCUUCCAGCCAUGGCGGAGGAGGCCUUCGCGCGCGCGGUCGACGACGGCCUCAAGCUCACCAAGCGCCUCGUCCUGCCGGGCGGCGGGGGCCUGCCCCCGCCGCGCCCGCCCCAGGGCAUGGACCGGGACGACCCCGCCGCGGUGCACGGCGCGUGGCUGCAGCACCUGCUCCCCGCGGCGCCCAUGGCGUACGCCGUCGUCGUCGACCCGGGCGCCGUCGACAGCCCCGACGUGCCCAGCUACCAGCCCCACGUCUACGGCCGCCUCGACCCGCCCGCGCUCAUCCCGCUCCAGAUGCGGGAGGUCGACCUCCGCGUCGACUGCGUCGCCGGGGGGUGCGCCACGGCCGAGGUCGCCCUGCGCGCGCGCUGGUGGGUGCACUGCGUCACGCGCAGCCGCGCGUGCCACUGCCGCGUCGUCGUGCCCAUGGGACACCAGGGUUCAAUUCUAGGCGCUGAGGUUACUGUUGGAAAAAGAUCGUACAAUACUCAUGUAAUUGAUACCGAGGAUAACAGUGCUGUGAAGAUUUCCAUGCCUGAGAGUGGGGGUCUCUUGAAACAGGAAUUGUUUUCCUUGACAAUACCACAGGUCGGGGGCGGAGAAGAUAUUUUUGCCACAAUCAGGUGGUCACAGAAGUUGCUAUAUGACAAUGGACAGUUUUCUGUUGAAGUUCCUUUUCGUUUUCCACAGUUUGUGAAUCCUUUGCCAAAGGUUUUCAUGAAAAAGGAGAAAAUACAGUUGACUGUUAAUAGUGGUGUGAGUAAAGAGGUUAUUUUGCAGGGGACAAGCCACCCCUUGAAGGAAAAAGGCAGGCAGAGUGAGAAAUUGUCUUUCCUGCAUGAAGCUGCUGUUGAGAAUUGGUCAACCAAAGAUUUUACCUUCACAUAUACUGUUUACUCUGGUGAUUUGUCUGGUCGAGUUCUCGUGAAGCCCUCAACAUUGCGUGAUUAUGAUGACAGAGACAUGUUCUGCCUUUUUCUUUUACCUGGAAGGAAUGAGGACAGAAAGGUCUUCAGAAAGGCUGUUGUUUAUAUCAUUGAUACAAGUGGAAGCAUGCAAGGAAAACCACUUGAGAGUGUUAAGAAUGCCAUGGCUACUGCUCUCUCUGAUCUUGUUCAAGGAGAUUUUUUCAACAUAAUAGCAUUUAAUGAUGAGCUUCACUCAUUCUCAUCAUGUUUGGAGCAAGUAAAUGAUAAAACAAUAGAAAAUGCUAUCCAAUGGAUGGACUUAAACUUUGUUGCUCAGGGUGGAACUGACAUCAUGCAUCCUUUGAGUGAGGCAAUGACUUUGCUAUCAAAUUCUCAUGGUGCUCUUCCACAAAUCUAUCUCGUUACCGACGGGUCAGUUGAUGAUGAACGGAAUAUCUGCCAUACUGUGAAAACUCAGCUCGUGAAUAGAGGACCUAAGUCUCCUCGUGUUUCUACUUUUGGACUAGGUUCAUAUUGCAACCACUAUUUCUUGAGGAUGUUGGCAUCAAUUGGUAAGGGUCACUAUGCUGCUGCAUUUGAUACAGGAUCAAUUGAGGGUCGAAUGGUUCAAUGGUUCCAGAAAGCCUCAAACACAAUAGUAUCGAAUAUUUCCAUUGAUGCUAUAAAGCAUAUUCAAGAGUUUGAGGUGGAUUCUGAAUACAUUCCAGAUGUAUCUGCGAAAUAUCCACUCUGUGUUUCUGGAAGGUACCAUGGCAAGCUUCCAGAGACCCUUAUCGCCAAGGGUCACUUGGCUGAUAUGAGUGAGAUAUCAAUUGAACUGAAAGUCCACCAUGUAAAGGAUAUACCUCUUGACAAAUUGUUGGCAAAGCAACAGAUGGAUCUUCUCACAGCAAAAGCAUGGCUUUCGGAGAACAAGGAGCUCGAGAGAAAGGUUGUGAAAUUAAGCAUACAUAAUAGCCUUCCUUCUGAGUACACACGCAUGGUCCUACUUCAAACUAGCUUGGACAAAAUAGAUCCAGCACAACAGGCGAAGAAUAAACCAAUAAAACAAAGCAGCCCAGAUGAGCGGUCAGCGAUGCCACUUCGUGGCCUGACACUUGGAUUUGGUGAUGUCACGGCAACAAGGGAGAACCUGACAACAGGAUUUGGAGACAUCAAACCACAUGAGCAGUUUGAGAUAUUUGAGAAGGCUGUCGGCUGCUGCAGCCGCGUGGCUGACUGCUUCUGCUGCAUGUGCUUCAUCAAGGCAUGCAGCAAGAUGAACGAUCAGUGCGCAGUUGUCAUGAUGCAGGCCUGUGCAGCCCUCGCGUGCCUUGGAUGCUUUGAGUGCUGCUCGGAGCUGUGCUGCGGUGGGGCAAACUGAGGGCACCGCUGCAUACAAGUCGGUGUGCUUGUGUUGUACGGUAAUGUGAAUAGCAUUAUUGCUGUAUAGGAUGGGCAUCACGUGUUUAUCUAACUUUGAAUGCUUGAUCAAGGAACGGCUCUGUUAUCUGUAUGUACAUUUUGCAGUAAUGGACCAUAAGUUGGAUGUAAUUCUAACCACUGUAUUAAAAGACAGACGAUGAUCAAAUCCCAAAACAGAGGGGGAAGAGUACAUAAACUAUGUACAUGUUCUUUCCAGUUCCUACCAAGCUUCUGAUGUUUUUGA